AUCCACCAUAGUUCUCCAGGCAGUCCGCAGAAUGUCCACCAAGAUGGGUGAAAACUUUAUCAAUUUCAUGGGUGGAUCUCCCUUGAACCGCCUUUCAUGGCUAAGGACGUCCCAGUCGUUCAUGAAUGCAGUUGUAGCAUCGCCCGCAACUCGAUGGCUUCUGUUCAAUGGCGGGCAACCGCUCGUAUCUUCCCAUCCAGAGACCAACAAGCGUACUCUAGCACUCUUAUCGACCAAGGAUGUCAAGUCAUUUCUUGGCCCAGAACCUUACUUUGGUCAAGCUCAACGUGAAGGAGAGCUAUGCGCCCCGGAUGUAUCCGUCCUCGAAGCUGCGCGGAUCCAUGGCCCUCCCAUAGUCUUCCUUGGCUUAAAAGAAACUGGGUCAGCCUCAGCGAGCGCACUUCCAUCUUCGGAUUUCAAGGAUGCAGAUACAGCUGUUGCCAAUCUCGAAGGAACUCCCUAUUUUUCUGUAGACGUGGCCGAUUACGAGGAGGAUAAGAUCAACACCGUGCUACAGAGCAUAGAACUCACAAAGAACGGAGAGAAGUUGGCGUUCAUGGAACCAAGAGCUUCCAUGACGCACCUCGAUGCAUUCUCAGCCGGUGUUUUCGCAGAAGCACGGAGUCUGGUAGAUUGGAACCAACGGAACAAGUUCUGCGCCGCAUGUGGCUCGUCUGUAUACUCCCUGUGGGCCGGAUGGAAACUUUCAUGCUCGUCGUUGCUUCCUUGGUCUGAUAAUACGGGUAAGAAGCCAUGUCCCUCUGGCCGAGGUCUACACAAUUUCACCCAUCCAAGGACCGACCCCGUCGUGAUCAUGUGCGCCAUCGACGAAUCAGGAGAUAAGGUUCUCCUUGGGAGGAAUAAAAAAUUCCCAGGAAAGUUCUAUUCUGCGCUUGCUGGCUUCGUCGAGCCAGGCGAGUCAUUCGAAGACGCUGUCAAACGUGAGAUGUGGGAAGAGGCGGGCGUCAAGGUGUGGAACAUCAGAUACCACUCCGGUCAACCUUGGCCAUUCCCUGCCAAUCUCAUGGUCGGCUAUUAUGCCACUGCUGAUUCGUCUGCACCUAUCCGCACGGAUCUGGACAAUGAACUCGAAGAUGCUCGGUGGUAUACCCGCGAAGAGGUUCUCGCGGUCCUUGCCCAUCCAACAGGCACCAAUUUCACUCGCCGUGACUAUAAACAGAUCGCGGAGAUCCAAGAGGGAUCGAACAAUUCCAGCGAUACCCAGCAGGGCGCAGCUGCACUCGCACACUCGGACCCCACCAUCAAGGCGAAGGAGGAGGCGAGUGCGAUGGCAAAGCAGCAAGGUGUCGCCGUUCACAAGGAUGAGGAGCCCCCGUUCAGGAUGCCGCCCAUCACUGCCAUUGCAGGUGUGCUUAUCCGGCACUGGGCAGAGGGGAAGGCUGGGGGCAACGAGGGUUUGAAAGGCAAUCUGUAAUUGGGUAUGUAUAGAUGGUGUUUAGAUACAGGUUCUGUAAACUAUGUACUCGACGGAUGUCCCAAGGAAUACAACAAGACUAUCAACAGUUCGCUUCCACAGGUC